AUGUCCCAUUGCCCCGAAAAAAGGCUCCAAGAAGGCGUGACCAAGGCGCAGAAGAAGGACGGCAAGAAGCGUAAGCGCAGCCGCAAGGAGAGCUACUCCAUCUACGUGUACAAGGUGCUGAAGCAGGUCCACCCGGACACCGGCAUCUCGUCCAAGGCCAUGGGCAUCAUGAACUCGUUCGUCAACGACAUCUUCGAGCGCAUCGCGGGCGAGGCGUCGCGUCUGGCGCAUUACAACAAGCGCUCGACCAUCACUUCCCGGGAGAUCCAGACGGCCGUGCGCCUGCUGCUUCCUGGGGAGCUGGCCAAGCACGCUGUGUCUGAGGGCACUAAGGCCGUCACCAAGUAUACCAGCGCCAAGUAAACAGGAAUGUACACUCAUUAUACUUGAAAAUAAAGAAAGAAAGGAAGAAAGAAAAUUAUUUUCCUUCACCAUCUCCAUCCCACACUAAUGUGUACAUGUGGAUAAUGAAACAACACGGGCAAGAUGUUGGUAAUUGUUGAACAUGCGUGACGGUCACUUGAAGGGUGACAACGAGAGGAAUCACGAGUUGGCAAAGAGAGAUUCCAGGACUGGAACUAAGGGAGCAAGAAGAGAAGGAAUUUGCACAAGGGAGGAGCUCACAGCAGCUGCAGUCCCCUCCUUCCAGCUCACAGGCUGGUCAAUCAAGAAACGCUAUUGCCAUCUUGUGGCCCUUUAAGAUAAUGCAGCUAAAACUUUUGUGAUUUCUAUUAGGAAGCUUAUUGCUAGGGUUUAAUAAUUUCAUAUAUAAAUACAAUAAACAAUCCUACUUCAA